UGGUGAUUCCGUGAAGGUACUGGUACAGCUUGAAAGUUAUUUCUGAUAAGACAACAUAACUGUUACCGGAAUCUUUUUUGGAAAUCUACAAUUUGUUAUCCACUCAGACGUUCAUACCUUUAUGUAUAAUUUGGCAGAUCUGAAGUCUUGAGACGAUGUUAACUCCUGUUCAGAAUAUUUCGUUUAGAACAUUUACACUUAAUGGUUUUAAUGAUUUAGGGGAAUGGCGAGCCAUUCUAUCCAUUCCCUACCUUCUUCUGUUUUUAUUAUCUUUUGUAUCAAACAUUACACUCAUAUAUUUAAUUGUAUCUCAGAGGUCUCUUCACUCUCCAAUGUGUAUUCUAAUUGGUCUUAUGGCAGUUGUUGACCUCUCUUUGCCAAUAUGUUGUGUGCCGCAUAUGUUGCUAAAUUUCAUAUUUAACUGGAAAGGAAUUUCACUUGUGGGCUGUUUGAUGCAAAUGUAUUGCAUUCACUGUUUUGGUAUAUUUCAAUAUACUGUACUGCUUUGGAUGGCUCUGGAUCGUUUCUUUGCUAUAUGCAAACCUCUUAAUUACCACAAAUACAUGAAAAUUACCAAUUUUCUAAAAUUCAUAAUUUUUCCAGUUAUCAGAAAUAUGAUCUUACUUACCACAAUGGUCUCUUGGGCUGGGAAACUGACUUUUUGUUCAACAAAUGAAAUAAAUCAUUGUUUUUGUGAACACAUGGCAUUGGUUCAGCUGGCAUGUGGAGAUUUUUCCAUUAACAAUGCAUUAGGGCUUUCUUUAAUUUUUCUAACAAUGACUGCUGAUUUUAUUUUAAUUACAAUAUCAUAUGUGAUAAUACUUUCUUCUGUUCUGAGAUCUGGCAAAACUGCCUUAAAAGCUUUUAACACCUGCAUUACUCAUAUAAUUGUCUUGACAGUUAGUCUGACUUUUGCUUUAAUUGCUUUUAUGUCAUACAGAAUAAGAAACAACUUUUCUCCCUCCAGCCGUGUCUUCCUGAGUACAAUGUAUCUGCUUUUUCCAAGCUGUUUUAAUCCAAUUAUUUAUGGUGUACGAACAAAGAAAUAA